AUGUCUAAUUCUGUUGCAACGAAGAAAGUUGAAGUCAGUGAUAAUGUUCACAAAGACAAAGACAUGCUCAGCAAUUUACCUGAUUGCAUUAUCCUUCACAUACUCUCUUUUUUGAUCACCAAAGAGGCAGUUAGAACAUGCAUCUUAUCCUCAAGAUGGAAGGAUCUCUGGAAACAUCUCCCUGCUCUUCUUUUCCAUAUAUCGGAUUUUCGAUGCUUUCGAACUAAUAAGAUAUUCACUGAAUUCGUGUCUAAGGUUUUAUCUCUUCGCGAUUCCUCUGUCUCACUGCACACUCUUGACUUUGAGAAUAGAUCUAGUCUCUUGGAGUGUCACUUACUUACAAGUAUUGUGAAUUAUGCUAUUUCGCACAAUGUUCAGCGGUUACAACUUAGUGUAACUACUGCCAUUGAACAAAUUCCUGUUGCCUUAUUUUCGUCUCAGACUUUAACACAUCUUACUCUUUCUAUUUCUAUUUGUUACGGCUGUGAAAACCUGUUUCCGAAAUCUCUCAGUUUGCCGGCUUUAUCUACCUUGGAACUAGAGAAUUUUACAUUUUCUGUUGACGAUAAUGAUUGCGCCGAACCAUUUUCAACCUUUAAUAGGUUGACGCGUUUGCUCAUUUCCCAUUGUUCCGUGAAAGGUUGGGGAACCCUGUGUAUUUCAAGUGCGACGCUUGUCAAUUUUACUAUGUACAAUGACUCAGACGACUAUUAUAAAAUUGAUUUUCGCACUCCGAGUCUUUGUACAUUUUCUUUUCGUGGUGUUCCUUAUCAGGAUAUCUCUUGGAGCAAUAUUUCUUCUCUUAAACAUGUAGAUAUUGACGCGGAAGUAUUUCCGUAUAGUUGUUACGGACCUCAGUUGUUUCUGUUCAAUUGGCUCUCAGAGUUUGCUAAUAUAAAGUCAUUGACGGUUACUGCAGCUACUCUUCAGGUUCUCUCCUUAAUUCCUGGUCUGUUGAAGUUUAAGAUCCCUUCCUUGGGUAAAUUAAAGUCAUUGAAAGUGAAAAUUGAUGAAAUUCAAUAUGGACUUUGUGUUGCGUUGUGCAAUGACAAGUUACAGAACGUCAAGUCAGAGAACGAAUCUGCUAUGAUACAGAAAGCAUUUGAUUUAGGAUUGGAACUGUCUCCGCUUGUACCUGAUGGAAUUGUGGACUUCUUGCUUCAAAAUUCACCCUCGGUUGAAGUUGACUUCGUUGAUUGCAGAAAAAUAACCUCUUAG